AUGGCGGAUAUCGCUCGUUUCGGGAAGCAGUGUCUUACUGUUUUCGGACUUUUUGGUACCCUACUGCUAACAACAGUAAAAUGCCAGUAUUUAAACCAUCAUCCGGUAUCCUUCGUGCGGAGAUCAAGUAAUUGGCCGAAUCCCCAUGUACAAAGAAAUCCACCGUGGCAUCAGUUCUCAACACCCAGGAAAAGAUCCCCAGAUCAUUUACCAGCUUUAUCACCAGACCCGUAUUAUGUUCAAAACCAAUACAAUCCUGCGGUACAGCAACAGGGCUACAAUUUUGAUGAUCCUUCGCAGUACUAUGAUAGCAGAUCAUCUGUUUUCCAAUCUAGAAAUCCUGAUUCUGGACCAAACGAUCCAAGACUUCUAUCAGAAUCUGCAUUUACAAAAAUAUCGGAAACUCUUGGUGCCAUCAACACCGUAGGUCAUUACUUGGUGGACAUAGUCAAUGAUUCUCGGGAAAAGAAUGAAUCGGAUCCAAAGUUACAGCAACUCCCUCAAGCUAUCUAUACCAUAAGCAAAAACGUGUUAGGCAGAAACGUUACUGAUAAAAUUGCGCCAAUUGUCAAGAAAGCAUUACCUAAAGUCUUACCAGAUGCUCCAAUUACAAAGAUAGCUACCGCCGACAGAAUAGACGAUGACGCUAAAUAUUGUUCCACACCUGAAGGCGAAGAAGGAAUUUGCGAAGACCUGAGCAACUGUCCCCAAUUAUUAUUAAACUUGGUGAAUCUUCGUGAAUCCUUGUGUUUCAAAGACUUGUUUGUACCUGGAGUGUGUUGUCCCAAAGACGCAAUCUUACCGUCAUCAGAAAAGCCUAUAGUAGCAACUACAAACAAACCUACUUACCUGGUUCCUGUAACAACAAAGAAGCCGAAACCUGUGACCACGACAAGACCUUCAGCUGUCUUAGUUUUGACCACGAAGAAGCCAAGGCCACCUUCGACCACCAAAAGACCGGCAACUACGAAAACAACAAAGAGACCUUCCAGUACCACUGUGACUACACCAAGGACGUUACCCACCACUUCUUACUACACCGUCGCCCCACCUGUGAUUAGUAAUUUCUCCAAUAUUGUUGAUAUAGAAGAUUGUGGUCAAAGAGAAGAUGAAGGAGGCCGUAUAGUUGGAGGCACAGAGUCAAAGCCCGGGGCUUGGCCCUGGAUGGCAGCAAUAUAUUUGCACGGCAGCAAGAGGAGGGAGUUCUGGUGCGGUGGGACUUUAGUAGGCAAACGGCAUAUUUUAACAGCUGCCCAUUGCACGAGGGACUCGAAACAGAGGCCGUUCCCAGCCCGUCAGUUCAGCGUGCGCCUGGGAGACGUAGACCUUGCCAGGGACGAUGAACCUUCCCGCCCCGUGACGUUAAGGGUGAUAGCAGUACGCGCCCACGAGGACUUCUCCAGGGUCGGCUUCUACAAUGAUAUCGCUAUACUUCUGCUGUCUGACAACGUUCAAAAAUCAAAAUACGUCAUCCCAAUCUGCCUGCCCCGCGGUGACUUGACUCGAAACUUAUUCGACGGUUCAGUAGCCACAGUGGUGGGGUGGGGCACCACGCGGUAUGGCGGAACAGAGAGCUCCAAGCAGCUGGAGGCGAAGCUCCCGGUGUGGAGGAAUGAAGAGUGCGAUAGAGCUUACUUUCAGCCUAUCACAGAGACGUUCCUCUGUGCUGGGUAUGCGAGGGGGGGAGUUGACGCAUGUCAGGGGGACUCUGGCGGUCCUCUAAUGCUUCAGGUGGAAGGUCGGUGGAUGCAGAUCGGCGUGGUAUCCUUCGGCAACAAGUGCGGCGAGCCUGGCUACCCUGGAGUCUACACCAGGGUCACACAUUACUCCAGCUGGUUGAACCAGAAUCUUAUUUAA